UACUCUCUUCCUGAUUUGGAUCCAAUUUAAAACUUUUAUAUGUUUUAUGGUCUAAUUCAUAUAUAUAUGUUUUAUGUUUCAUUAAUUCGUUGCUUUUAUGUUCAUUUAUUUUUAUAUAAUUGAAUAUGAAUUAUUAUGACCCAAAUCCUGGUAUGAUCUUUGAAUUGUUCUGGCGGAUUGAUUUGAUGCAAAUUUAGGCUUCCUUCUGGUUAUUCUGAUGGCAAGGGUUGGUUCAAUUAACAUUUUUAGAUGUGUUAGUCCAAAAUUACUUUUUUUAUGGUUUGUACUUCUUUUUGGCUGUCGUAGCCAUAGUAUUCGUCAUUGGUUUUACUGUCUCAGCUUUAGCUAACCAGCAUAGUUUAUCCAGCGACAUGGUAAGCAGCUUUUUGGCACUCUAUAUUCCUGAAUAAUUUUAUGUGAAAGGUAUAUUAGCUGAAAAGAACUGCAGGGGAUUCAUCUGAAGUUGUGGAAGGAUUACUGGUGAAUGUUGGAAAAUUUAAAUCUUGCAUAGCUAAUACCAUGAGUUUCUUGCAUCAUUGUCGUCUAACAAAUAUUGAUGAAAUGGUUGCAUGUUUACCUGUAGGUUGAUUUCGAUUCAUUUUUCGAAGAAAUGUACUGCAGCCUCUUAAUGUAUAGUAUUCAAGAGUUUUGGAGGAUGAUCAUUUUAGUGGGCAUAAGUUCAAUUUCUGUUGUCUCUAGUGGAUUUUUAAUUUUUGUUGUUUCUGUUGUGUGGAGGGACAUAUAUAGAGCAAGAAAGUCUUUCAAGUAACUAUAAUAUUUAAGAUGAAAUAGGCCAUAGAGGUAGCUUCUAAAAGAAUUACUGGAUUGGAGUCGCAAUUUGCUCUUUACUAUUGUUAUUCAAGCAUAUGCAUGGAGUAGGUAAAGUGCAUUUAGUUGUCACAAGGGAAGGGGUUCGUAAUGUAAAUAUUAAGAAUUGAGUAAAUUCAUCGGAACUGGUGUCAUACCUUCAGCCAAUACCAUAAUUUUCAGAAUAAGUGGUCUGUAGGAGACAUCCCAUGUCACCAUCUUCAAGACUCUCACAAACUAAAUGUUUCUUGUGACCCAAUGUUAUCGUUUGCAGCUUUCAUCUUUCAAAAAAUAGUUUUUUUCUAUAGAUAUGUGGUUAUGGUUCCUUAUUACCAGGAAUGAGAUUUUUGCGUUAAGAAAUGGUCGUGAGCUUGUGGCAGCACAUCAGUUCCUGAAUGAGCUACUUGUGCAUCAUAUUGAACAAUGUGUCCUUGUCAGUUCAUAUUUGUAGAGUUAACAAGAGAACCAUGCAUGAUUUGAAUUUUUUUACGGUAAUUAGAUAAACCUGCAGUUAUGGGGUAUAUUAGACUUGACUAUGAAGCUGUGUCCUCAUCAACUGAUGGAUUUUUACAGUUUAAGCUUGGGUUUUUCUGUUUCUAUUAUUGAGGGUACAGUUACUAUUGUUCAUGCUGUUGUUUCAUGAAUAGCUACAUCAUUGGGAUUCAAACAGUAUUGACAAUGAUGAUAAGAAUGUGGUAUAUGUGUGGCACAGAUUAUAUUUUACAUGUUGGCAAGCAUGGGUAUUGAUGAUAAGUCUUGUGAACAGAAAAAUAUAUUGCAUGGAAACAAGUAUAACCUAAGUUGCCACCACCACCAUCCAACAUCCAUGGAGGAUGCAGUUAUCCUAUAAAUCUGGGUGUAAACCUGAAAUCAGCCCUCCACCUUUUCUGUCCAGAUUUGAAACAGCAGGGGCAUUGUUGAGAACCGAUAAUUCUCUCAAAGUUAAUAAUAUAGUCUUCAAAAUUUCGUAUCUCAUAUCUUUCUCUGACUUUAGUAUUUUUGGUAGGAUGUUAGAAAUGGUUGACAAGUCAGCUUGGCCUGUGAUAGUCCGUGUGCCAGGUUUCUUGUGCUUCCAGUUUUGUGAGCCUUUAUUCAUAAGCAGAAGGUAACAAAAUGUCGACCGUUGCCACCCCGACUGCCUACACAGUCAAAAGCAGCAUUAGAAGCCAGUCCCCAUCUGUGCUGUUCAGGAGCGCUUGCUCGCUGAGCUCCUCGAAGAGCAUCUCAAAGGCAUCCAGUCUGAAGGUAUCCAACCACUUCAGGGCAUCUGCGAUGGCUGUUUACAAGGUGAAGCUCAUUGGGCCAGAGGGGCAGGAGCACGAGUUUGACGCUCCAGAUGACACCUACAUUCUGGACUCUGCUGAGGCUGCAGGAGUGGAGCUGCCUUACUCAUGCAGGGCCGGGGCAUGCUGCACCUGCGCCGGCCGCAUGGACUCCGGCGAAGUUGACCAGUCCGAUGGAUCCUUCCUCGAUGAAUCGCAGAUGGAAAAGGGUUAUGUCCUGACCUGCGUCUCCUAUCCGAGGGGGGACUGCGUCAUUCACACUCACAAGGAAGGUGAGCUUUUCUGAGUACUGUGGAUGUGCAUGGGCUUCUGUAUUGGCAAUUAGAUGCCUCAGGGGUUUUGUUGUUGGUUUUAUAUAUGUUCAAGGUAAAACUCUUGCUCAAGCUGAUGUAAAUGUGGUUUAUUGUUAGGAGCAUUUCUAGGAUCUGAUGAUAUCUAAAUAAACUGGGUCUAUGUGUGCUCCGUGGCUGCAUGAAUCGUGUAUUACCGAAAUUUAUUUCAAGCUCUUUGAUAGAACAAAUCUAGUGAUGACUGGAGCAAUUUGUUGUGUCGACAAGAACUUUUCUCAGAACUUUGGCGCCUUCUGAUUCAUUAGUGGCAUGCCAUGCAGAUACUACAUCAUGUUAACCUUCUGGUGACCAAAAUUUGAAUUCGAAUGUUUCAAUGUUGAGUUUUAAA